AUGAAAGUUUCAGUUAUCUGCUUGGCGUUAUGUGCGUGCGUGUGGGCCGCGGCCGCAGACGUCGCGCACAUCAAAGGAGCCAAGUCAAGGAUCAUCAGCCGCUUGGCCGGGAAGCACCACAAACGAGGCAUCCUGUCCGGCGUGCCUCCGUUCAAGCUGGGCCAUGAUAUACCCUAUGUGACCCAUUCUGUGGUGAAACCUUUAGUGGUUACUUACCCGCCCACAGCAUCAGUCGCAGCGGUGAAAGUACCAGUGUCAGGCUCUCACUUCCCCCGCUAUCCCGUACCAGUGGGGCAUAAAGUGCCAGGGCUACCGCAUCCGCAUUACGCACUCAAGUUCCCUCACCAUAGAUACGCGGCGAAACCUGAUCAUCAUUUCCAUCAUCAUCAUCAUCACGUCGCCCCGAGGCCCUUAGUGCCCGUUGUUCCAGCGCCGCCCGUGGCUCAUGCUGCACCCGUGAUCCCAGCGCCUUCUCCGACAGUCGCCGUAGUGAAUGCCGCGCCGCCCCCGCCCCCAGUAUUCCCCGCACAACUUCCAGUCCCCGCGCCGCCAGUGCCAGUAAUUCCAGAUCAUUUUCAUCUGAAACAUUUUCUUCCCGCCGCAACGGCGCCUCUUCCUCCUCCGCCAGCUCUGCCUGCCCCUCUUCUGCCCUUACACCAGCCUUUCCCUUAUAUAAUUCGUCCCGGUGGAGCCGUGCAGACUUCCUUCUUCGCAACGUAUCCGCGAUACCCACUCCUAAAUAGCUACCAAGCUCCUCUCAUACCUUUCGCACCUGCCGCUCCAGCUUUGCCAGCUCCGACACAAGUGCUCCUCGAGCGUCCACAUUUACAUCCGUAUCAUCUCGUGCCUCAAGCCGCAGCCGCGCACGGAGUGGUGGAGCAACACACGCCGAAUGUCGUCGUCGAACAAACGCCAGCUCAUUUCCAUUCUACACAAUUAGUUCCACAGCCCCAUGUUCACGUGCAUCCCGCGCAAGAAGCACUACCACAACCCGGUUUCCACUUGCAUUCCACUCAAGCCGUACCUCAAGGUAUUCCUUUACACCCGACCCAACCUUCUGUAUCCGUAGAGCACGACGGGUGGUCUCCGGUGGCUCCGGCGCAGCCGCACGACCUCGCCACGUCUCACGAGGCACACUACCCGCACCAUCAUCAUCACUUCACGCAGGAGCAAGGCACCCAAGUGUACGAGCACCACACGGAGAACGAGCAGCACGACUACCAACACCAAUUGCAUCACAUCCAACAACAGAUCGAACAGGCGCAGUACGAGCAGAGCUUGCACAACCAGCAGCAGCAGCCCGCGCCGGAGUACGGCGUGCCGCAACAAGAAUACGGUCAACCCAACGAAUACUCUCAACAAGGACAAGAUUUUGGACAGCAUCAGCAAGAUUUUGCUCAUGCUCAAGAAUUCGUCCAGCAAGGGCAUGACUUCGCACACCACGCUCAAGACUUUGCCCACAACGCCCAAGACUAUGCUCACAACGCCCAAGACUUUGCUCAACACGGUCAAGAUUUCUCGCAGCACGGUCAAGACUUUUCUCAAAACGGGCAGGAUUUCAACCAGAACAACUAUAACGUAGCGCACUUGGGCCAAGAGUACGGAGUGCCGCACCAGGGCGUGGAAGGGCGGAGUUCCGAGGACAGCGCAGAGCAGCAGCCCCAGUUCCACAACCACAUCCCCCUCGGCCUCCAGCCGCCCAUCGACAGGCCGCUAGAUCAUUUCCAAUAGUUACGGUAUAACCGCAUAGCUGGCAGCUUGAGAGUGUGACUACGUCAUU